UCUUCAACGGGCUGCGGGUUUUGUCACAUCCCCUAUGAUGAACUGAACAUGCCGUUUCCAGCUCACCUUACCUUCUGCUACAGCUGCCGCAAGCAGAAAGUCCCUGAUGUUCUUUUCACCUCUAUAGAUCUUCCCAGUGAUGCUCCUGUGGUGGGGAAAGGCUGUCUGAUCCAAGCCAGGUUGUGUCGACUGAAGAAGAAAGCUCAGGCGGAAGCAAAUGCCACGGCAAUCAGCAACCUUCUGCCUUUCAUGGAGUAUGAACUGCACACACAGCUCAUGAACAAACUCAAGCUGAAGGGAAUGAACUCUCUUUUUGGUCUGAGGAUACAAAUAACUGUUGGGGAGACCAUGCUGCUGGGACUGGCAUCUGCUACAGGGGUCUACCUGAGUGCUUUACCAACCCCUGGAGGGAUUCAGAUCGCCGGCAAGACCCCCAAUGAUGGAUCCUACGAGCAACACGUCUCACAUAUGCAGAAAAAGAUCAAUGAAACAAUUGCCAAAAACAAAGAACUUUAUGAAAUUAAUCCUCCGGAAAUAUUGGAUGAGGUAGUCGGAUCGCCAAUCCCAGAACCGCGGCAGCGAACAAGACUCCUGCGGUCACAGUCAGAGAGUUCAGACGAAGUCAUUGAGCUGGAUCUUUCACAUGGGAAGAAGGACGCUUUUGUGCUAGAGAUCGAUGACACAGAUGCAGUGGAAGAUGUACAUUCGCUCCUUACAGAUGUGCCACCCCCGCCAGGAUUUUUUAGCUGCAACACAGAGAUUAUGCCUGGGAUCAACAACUGGACCUCUGAUAUCCAGAUGUUCACAUCAGUUAGGGUUGUCAGAACCAGCAGCAUGAAUCUAACCAAUCAGACCCUGAACAAGAGUUUCAACGAUAUGUGCGAGAAUCUCUUAAAGAGCCUAUAUUUUAAGCUCCGUUCGAUGAUUCCCUGCUGCCUCUGCCAUGUCAAUUUCACAGUUGCAGUCCCUGAGGAUGAGGCAGUACAGGUUGCAGUUACCGCUGUUGCUAUCACAUACGACAAACAAAAUGCGUUACAGGCCCCAAGCAGCAAGCUGGAGAGUGCUCAGACUCGUGUUUCCGCAGACACGGACGAGCAACUGCAGUUUCCUCUAGAGUUAUCAUCGGAUUCCCCUGGACUGCAGCCCUUCUCCCCGUCCAAAGAUCUCCCGGAACGAGGAGGUUCCCCAGCCAAUGCCAUCCAGCGAGUCACUGCCGCUGAUUACAGUUCCUUUGCAGACAGAUGCAGCAGCUGGAUAGAGCACAUAAAAAUGAGGGCUCAGACCAUAAGACGCGGAUCAAUUAAAACAAUCACAUCACUGGACAAGGCCAGUCCUCUGGCUGACGGUCAGCUAAGACACAAGGCUGGUGUUGUUUUUGGAGGCCCAACAGUGACUGUUGUCAAGAUGACCCCAUUGUCCUUUAUACCGGGAGCCAAGAUAACUAAAUACCUAGGAAUUAUCAACAUGUUUUUCAUAAGAGAGACCACAUCUUUGCGGGAGGAAGGCGGAGUUAGCGGAUUCCUCCAUGCUUUUAUCUGUGAAGUAUUCGCCAUGGUCCGUGCACAUGUAGCAGCUCUAGGAGGUAACGCUGUUGUGUCGUACAUCAUGAAACAAUGUGUGUUCAUGGAGAAUGCAAAUAAGAACCAGGCACAGUGUCUCAUCAAUGUCAGUGGUGAUGCUGUUAUCUUUACAAGAGAAUCAGAGUCAGACGGAGCACCAACUCCUUCACAGCAGUGUAUGACAAGCUCUACAAACCAAACAGCAUUGAUGGGCAGAGAUGGGACAUGA